CUUAACUACAUUUAUUUAUCCCAUCUGUUGUGCGGUUUAGGGGAUAUGGCCACUACGAACGAAACACACCAAGUAUUGCAUUGGCACUAUACCAAUUGGCCCGACUUCGGUGUCCCAUGUUCCCCCAGUGGAUUACUCAAUUUCCUGUGGACCGUACAACAUCCCACGGUAAUACACUGCAGUGCCGGUGUGGGACGCUCUGGUGCUUUCGUCCUCAUCGAUCUGGCUCUUUAUCUGGUGAGUUCCCCGGUGUUUGUUCGUUAUCCGCAGAUCAUAUCAUGGCUGAACACCCUAGCAGUGCCCGUCCAUCAAACCCCAAUACAUACACAAAAUAAAAACAAUUUCAUACUCCAUCAGUCGUCGCCCAAGAUAAUCAGGACCGCGCUGCCCAUUGCAUCGAGCAGGGUGGGUAGUGAUAAGUGGGCUACUGCUGAGAUAUCCCAACCUUUGUUUAAUUAUUUGUCUUCAGUACUCAGCCCUCUCCCUUUUCCCCUUCUUCCGACCUGUAAUAGCCCCUCAUGCAACUUAGAUGUCGCCCGCCAAAGAUCGUUGCCAAAUAGCACUGUAUUAUAUCUCGAAACGAAUUGCAGAUUCUAG